AUGCAGGUCCUCGCUCUCAUCGCCGCAGGAGCUGCCGUCUUGGCGUCGGUUCCCUCCGUUCAGGGCCACGGCUACAUCGUCGAGCCCGCGGCGCAGUGGGCCGCCGGAUACCCGACCAACGGCUAUGGUAGCACCGUGGACAACGAAAUCUGGGGAGUCUACGACAACACCAAGUACGGCUACGGCGUGAACGGCACGCUCAACUUCUUCAAGGCCACGUUCCCCUCCAAGGGCUACGACUCGCUGGGCGAGUUCAUCGCCAAGAACCAGGAGCUUGUGGACAGCAAGACGGACGCCGACUGCGGCCUCACCAUCUACAAGGACUCGGCUCGCUCCGAGCUGCCGGCGUCCAAGCUCACGCACACAGGCUUCACGCACACUGGUCCGUGCGAGGUCUGGUGCGACGACACCAAGGUGCUGUUCGACUACGACUGCCAGACCAAGUACCCGGCCAUCCCGGCCACGCUGCCCUACGAUGAGUCCAAGUGCUCGGGUGCCAACCGCCUCACGAUCUACUGGCUCGCGUUGCACGGCGACCCG